ACAACGGCUAUAAAGGGGUCACGGGGCCGGCGCGGCCGCAGCGGCCGGACAGGGCAGGGGACAGCGGCGAGCGGACCCUCCCGGAGCCGCCACCAUGCCCCGGGUUCUGCUCUUCCUCCCGCUCCUCAUCCUCGGCCGUGCCAUGGCUGUGUCCGUCGUCACCCCAGGGCUGGCUGCCGGUGACCGGGCGCUGCUGGCCGAGCUGGAGGGGCUGGCAGAGCCCAUCCCGCCGCGGGCGCCGGGGGUCCCGUGCCGGAGCCUUCGCCCUGACACCCUGCCCGGCUUCUCCCGGCUGCCGCCGCUGCCCCGCGGCCUGGCCCGUGCCGCCAUGGCCCUGGCGCUGCGCGGGGCCGGCUGUGCCCCCCAGGCCGAGGCCGAGGCGCUGGAGCUGGCGCGGGAGCUGGGGACCCCCACGGCCGCGGCGCUGCUGCGGGGGCUGGCGUGGGUACCGGGCGCUCCGGCCCCACGGCCGCUGGCCCUGCUGCUCCUCAGCCUGGCACGGCCGGGGGGCUCUGCCUGUGUGGAUCCCGCCCAGCUCCGGACCCCCGCGCCCGGCACGGAGCCCUUGGGCCAGGGCGGCCGGGAAUUCCCGGGGGUCCGGCCGUGCCGCGGCGCCGUGCGGCGCCGGCGGGAGGACAAGGACGCCUGCAGCCCGGCCGGGGAGCAGGAAGCCCACCAGGUGCUGGAGUGGGUGCCAGGAGUCAGCAUCUUCUACAACCUGGGCACCAGCGUCUACUUCGCCUUCCAGGGCUGCGAGGCCAAGGCGUCCACGCGGGCGCUGGAGGCCGCCGAGGACCUGGGCUACACCGGGCUGGCCGCGCUCACCGGGGGCCUGGGGGGCCCCGUGGCCAUGGGGGUGCAGCUGGGGCUGCAGCCGGGGCUCAAGGCCGGCGUGCGGGCGCUCAUCAGGUACUUCACCUCGGCCGGGGAGCCCUCGCCGGUGCCCACUGCCCACAGCGGCGCCGUGGUCAUCGUCUGAAUAAAGGCCGCAUGUGGCA